UCUUCUCCUUCUCCUCCUCCUCCUCCUCCUCAGGAGAGCUUAGUGUGCAUGUGUGUGUGUGACAGCUGGGGCACACUGAGGAUGUGAGAUUGCACGCACAUUCUCACACUGCCUCCCAUGCCAUGAUGUGUCUAUUUGUCAGAUCCGUGUGAAGGAGCACACACCAUUCUUCAAGACAUUACCUAUGCCAUUAUGCAAUGCAUUCAGCUGAACAGGACAGGUAACUAAUGCUGAGGAUCGGAAAUUUUUAUUUAUUUUUUGUACAACUGUUCGUUGGCAUCACAGCUGGUGACUCAGGUACCGGCAUAAGGCACUGGGCUGUGGGCUUUCUAUGAUCGCAUUGGUGUGAGCUGAUCUUGCAGAGGAGAGGAAAGAAGUGGUCAUACCAGGAAAGGCUCUGCUGCUGACAGCCUCAUGGCAGAAACAGGUGGGGGAGGAGAUGGUGCUGGUGAGGGCACUGGUAGUGUGCCCUUGCCAGUGGAUUCUGCAGUUAGCAAAUUGACUUUAACCACUAGCAAUGGUGAUAGAGGAAGUGCAGAGAGUAAUGGAGGAAAGUGCAGAAUUGAGACUACUACUAACAGCGGUGUAUCGAAUGGAGACUGUGCUCCUGUGGAUACCAAAGAUGAUAGUGGAUCUGUUCAACCUGAGAGCCCUGGAAUUGACAAAGGGGACAAGCAAGGAUUGCCUCGCAGGAGCAGUAUUAUCAAGGAUGGCACCAAGCAGAAGCGAGAACGUAAAAAGACUGUAUCGUUUAGCAGCAUGCCAGCAGAGAAGAAGAUCAGCAGCGCAAGUGAUUGCAUCAAUGCAAUGGUUGAAGGGUCCGAAUUGAAAAAAGUCAGAUCCAACUCCAGAAUCUACCACCGAUAUUUCCUUUUAGAUGCAGAUAUGCAGUCUUUACGGUGGGAGCCUUCAAAGAAAGAUUCUGAUAAAGCAAAGAUCGACAUUCGGUCCGUAAAAGAAGUGCGAACUGGAAAGAAUACUGAUAUUUUCCGUACCAAUGGAAUUUAUGACCAGAUUUCAGAAGACUGUGCGUUCUCCAUAAUAUAUGGAGAUAAUUACGAAUCUUUAGAUCUUGUUGCAAACUCUGCCGACAUUGCCAAUAUUUGGGUAACGGGUUUACGAUAUUUAAUUUCAUACGGGAAGCAUACACUCGACAUGCUUGAGAGUUUCCAGGAUAACAUGCGGAUGUCAUGGCUUUCACAAAUGUUCAGGGAAGUAGAUGAGGAGAAUGUGGGACAGUUACCUCUUUGUAAAGCCGUGCAGUUUAUAAGAAGUAUAAAUCCAGGUCUUAAGAACGGCAAAAUUGAGUUAAAAUUUAAAGAAUUACAGAAAUCAAAGGAAAAAAGUAACCCGGAAGUGACUCAAGAUGAGUUCAUUGAAGUUUUCCACGAAUUGUGCACUAGGCCAGAGAUUUACUUUUUGCUGGUUCAGUUUUCGAGCAAUAAAGAGUACUUGGAUACCAAGGACCUCAUGAUGUUUUUGGAAGCAGAGCAAGGUGUAGCACAGUUGACAGAGGAGAUUAGCCUUGAUAUCAUUAGGAAAUAUGAACCAUCCAAAGGUCAGGAGAAAGGAUGCCUUUCUUUGGAUGGCUUUACAAAUUAUCUUAUGUCUCCAGAUUGUAGUAUUUUUGAUCCAGAACACAAAAAGGUUUGCCAGGAUAUGACGCAACCUUUGUCCCACUACUAUAUAAAUGCGUCCCAUAAUACUUACUUAAUAGAAGAUCAGUUUAGGGGUCCAUCAGAUAUUACAGGCUAUAUACGUGCUCUCAAAAUGGGGUGCCGGAGUGUUGAACUGGAUGUUUGGGAUGGUCCAGACAAUGAGCCUGUAAUUUAUACUGGUCAUACGAUGACAACACAAAUAGUCUUCCGUAGUGUGAUAGACAUAAUUAACAAAUAUGUCUUCCAUGCAUCGGAGUUUCCAUUAAUUCUCUGUUUAGAAAACCAUUGCUCUGUCAAGCAGCAGAAGGGUAUGGUACAGCACAUGAAGAAGAUUUUAGGAGACAAACUUUACACCAUCCCACCAAACACGGAGGAAUCGUAUCUUCCAUCGCCUGAGUCUUUAAAGGGCAAAAUAAUAAUAAAGGGCAAAAAACUUGCCCCCGAUUGCUCAGGUUUUGAAGGUGAUGUUACAGAUGAAGAUGAAGGUGUUGAAAUGUCUCAAAGGAUAGACAAAGGCGAAGAGCAACAAAACAGUGUCCCUGUGAAGCGCAUUCAGCUUUGCAAAGAGCUUUCAGACCUUGUCAGCAUUUGUAAAUCUGUUCAGUUCACUGAUUUCCAGUCAUCUUUCCAGAAUCAAAAAUAUUGGGAAGUUUGCUCCUUCAAUGAAGUGGCAGCUGGUAAAUAUGCAACUGAAAAUCCUGGAGAUUUUGUUAACUACAACAAGAGGUUCCUAUCUCGGAUUUUCCCAAGUCCAAUGAGAAUAGACUCAAGCAACAUGAAUCCUCAAGAUUUUUGGAAGUGUGGAUGCCAAAUAGUCGCAAUGAACUUCCAAACUCCCGGGCUGAUGAUGGAUCUUAACAUUGGCUGGUUCCGUCAGAAUGGAAACUGUGGAUUUGUUCUGCGACCUGCCAUCAUGCGAGAGGAAAUCUCUUUUUUUAGUGCAAACACAAAGGAUUCUGUGCCUGGAGUUUCUCCCCAGCUCCUCCACAUCAAGAUCAUCAGUGGGCAGAAUUUCCCAAAGCCAAAGGGUUCUGGAGCCAAAGGAGAUGUUGUGGAUCCUUAUGUCUAUGUUGAGAUCCAUGGAAUCCCCGCAGACUGUGCUGAACAGAGGACAAAAACAGUACACCAGAAUGGAGACAAUCCAAUUUUUGAUGAAAGCUUUGAAUUUCAAAUAAAUCUGCCAGAGUUGACAAUGGUGCGAUUUGUGGUGCUCGAUGAUGACUAUAUUGGAGAUGAGUUUAUAGGACAGUACACUAUUCCGUUUGAAUGUCUGCAGCCUGGCUACAGACAUGUUCCUCUACAGUCUUUAACUGGAGAUGUGUUGGCUCAUGCGUCGUUAUUUGUCCAUGUAGCGAUUACAAACCGCAGAGGUGGAGGGAAGCCUCAUAAACGAGGUCUGUCAGUUAGGAAAGCCAAGAAAUCGAGGGAUUAUGCAUCAAUGAGGACAUUACUUAUAAAGUCUAUUGAUGAAGUCUUUAAAAAUGCUAUACAGUAUAUAAGAGAAGCCACAGACUUGAGAGAAAAUAUGCAGACUGCGGUUGUUUCGUUCAAAGAGUUGUGUGGACUGUCUCCUGUAGCUAAUCUUAUGCAGUGUAUAAUGGCUCUUUCAACCCGACUAGCUGGACCUGACAACACUCCAGUUGUUGUAAUGAACCUCAGUGAUCAGUAUCCUACAAUGGAGCUACAGGGCACAGUUCCAGAGGUCAUGAAAAGGAUUUUAACAGCAUAUGACUCCAUAAUCCAAAGCAGCAAGGCACUAAUUGAGAAUGCAGAUGGUGUUUAUGAGAAAAUAGCACAGUGUCAGAAGACUGCCAUGGAAUUCCAUGAGAACAUCAACUCCAUUGGCGCUAAAGAAGGUUUGAAAGAGAGGAAGAUGCUUAAGGCCGUGGAGAGCUUUACAUGGAACAUAACCAUCUUGAAGGGGCAAGCAGAUCUUCUCAAGUAUGCCAAAACAGAGACUAUGGAGAACUUAAAGCAAAUUCAUUAUGCUGCUCUAUCUUGUGGACUGAACAAGACAACUGCUGGAAAUGCCGAGAUGUCCAAGCCUAGACGAAGCUUGGAGGCCAUUCCAGAGAAGACAGGAGAUGAAACUGGAGAUUGAAUCCCUUGACUCUUGACAACUUGUAGUGCUAAUCGUGAUGGAAUUUCUAACUCUAGGACCAAUGUAGCUGCACAUGACGUUGCUUUGCACUUACAGGAGAAAAACAUGAAUUUUUGUGUUUGUUUUUCUGAAGCACAACUGGAGAUUGACCAGUCUGUCUGUCUGUGAAAGUACAGUAGUUAGAUCUUUUUAAUGAAGGAAGUAGACGUGCAGAUUGCAAAAGGCAUUGUUGGCCAAAGGAGAGGAUAAGGAAAACUAUCCUAUUAGAAUAGAAAUGAGUAGUGAGGUACUUGCUGCUUAAUGAUGCAUAGCAGUGGGUUUUUUUUUAAGUUAAAUUUUAAUAGACCUCUUUAAAUAAAAGAGAAAUCCUCACAUUUCAUAAAACGUGUGUUUAUUGUGACAUAAAUAUAUAUAUAUAUAUAUAUAUAUAUAUAUAUAUAUAUAUAUAUAUAUAUAGCACUUAAAGGACUGAAAUGUGUUGCACUGGAGAUUGAAUAUAAGGACGUGGCUAGUAACAUAUUUUGUUUUCAUAUUGAGCCAUAUUGUAUAUAUAUAAAGUGCAGAUAAUGCAAUAACGGUGAGGGCAGGAUGUUUGUGCACUGCAGGUGGUACACCCUAAUGCAAGCACUCCACCUCACACUUAGCAUACGUCACCUUGCCACAAAAAUGUACAAAUGUUAAUAUCUAAAGUGACCAAAUUUGAAGACAUAUUUGUGUGUGUGUGUGUGUGUGUGUGUGUGUGUGUGUGUGUGUGUGUGUGUGUGUGUGUGUAAGACAUAUAUAUAUAUAUAUAUAUCAUUUUUUUAUUUUCUGAAUUGACCACAUUUAAAAAAAAAGUUUUAUUAUAUUAAUUGUCAUAGAUUUUAACAAAUCUUAGCCUUUUUGUUUUAUUCUAAUGAAGGGGUGAUAUAUUCUGAUAUAUUACAAUGUGCAAUGAUUGUUAGAAACUCUGCCAAUUUAAUGUCUUCUGCAAUUUGUCAUUUGGUUUGUUUGUUUUUUCAAAAAGGUAACAGGGAUUGAGUUGUAUUUAUAAAAAAUCAGCACAUCAUUUUAUGCCUAUAUUUUUUUUUAAUAAAGUCACAUCUCAUAACGCAAUAAAUAUAAAAGGUC